GCAAUACAGCACGCGUGUACUAUUUGUUUCCUAACCUAAUUUAUUACAUUACUUUAAUUUGUUGUCCGCAUUUAAAUCAGUUUGUCUUUCUCGGCAAUUCUCUACAUAUACAACAAAAAGUGAGGAAGAAAAUAAUUGUAGUAGCAUGUCGGGUCGUCCUGAACAUCAAGCUCCACCGGAAAUUUUUUACGGCGAAGAUGAAGCUCGAAAAUACACACGGAACACACGAAUGAUGGAAAUUCAACUUGUCAUGUCAGAGAGGGCAGUAGAAUUGUUAUGUUUACCUGAAAACCAGCCUUGCCAUAUAAUUGAUUUGGGCUGUGGAUCAGGCCUCAGUGGAGAAACAUUGACUGAACAAGGACAUGUAUGGACAGGAGUUGACAUUUCAUCAGCUAUGCUGGGUGUGGCAAAGGAAAGAGAAGUGGAAGGUGAUCUCCUUUUGGGGGACCUAGGCCAAGGCCUACCAUUUCGUGCAGGUGCUUUCGAUGGCGCCAUAAGUAUAUCGGCUUUACAAUGGCUAUGCAAUGCAGAUCAGAAGUCUCACAACCCAGCAAAAAGACUGUACACGUUUUUUUCUUCACUCUAUGGCUGCCUGAGUCGAGGAAGUAGAGCGGUUUUCCAGUUCUAUCCAGAAAAUAGUUCACAGGUGGAACUGAUCACAUCGCAAGCAAUGAAGGCUGGUUUUACAGGCGGAUUAGUUGUUGACUACCCUAAUAGUACCAAGGCCAAGAAGUUUUUUCUGUGUUUGAUGACAGGUGGACAACAACCGCUGCCUACUGCGUUGGGAGUAGACUCUCGCGAAGAUGCCCCUAACUGUGUUACAUUCUCACAAAAAAGAGAUAGGAUGAAACAACUGCGCGCAGGAAAAGCCCCCAAAAAAAGCCGAGAUUGGAUUCUGGAGAAAAAGGAACGCCGAAGACGACAGGGAAAAGAAACAAGGGAUGAUUCUAAAUUUACUGGUAGAAAGCGACAGUCUCAUGUGUGGUGAUGUGAUCGUAGCUCGCCUGUAAUAAAAAAAAUUAAUAAAAAAAAUACAAUCACUUUACGAUCAUCA